GCACCAAAUAAAUUAAGAUACCAAAUUUUUAAAAGCCCAUAACAGGUAGGGUGUUAACUUACAGCAAUCAAGUCGGUCAUUUAGGGGAUUGGAAAAUCUUCGAAAGAGCAAUAGGAACAUUGGCAAAUACGAGGAUGAGCCUCAAACAGUUCCUUUAUUCCAUAUGGAUAGUCUUACUGAUGCAGAGAAAGGUCUUCGGCGCUGCAGGUAACUAUUGUCCGGAAUUUACCCGACUAGGUUGCUUUAAAGACUCGAUGAAUCCUCGCCCCCUACCGACAAUUCUUAUGACGGACCGCGACCCUGGCAUGAGGGUGUACAGCGGUGUUAAAAUUGACUGGAAAGGGUGGAACGACUACAUGACUGACCUAGCCUGCAGAUGUGCUAAAAAGACAAAGAAGUCUGGAUUUAAGGUCUUUGGACUACAAUUUUUUGGUGAGUGUUGGUCGGGUGUUAACGCUGAAAACACUUAUAAACAAGACGGACCCAGUCAAGAAUGCUUAACAAAUGACUUCCUCAAAUGUGGACCAAAAGACAAGUACUGUGUCGGAAAACAAGACACUAACUUUGUGUACGCAUUAAACGCUUCAAGUCCAACGUCACAGCCGACUGACCAGCCAAAGACAAAACCGACGACCAUUCCGAAGACCAAGCCGACGACGAGGCCGGAAACUGUGCUGACUUCAAGUCCAACGUCACAGCCAACUGGCCAGCCAAGGAAAAAACCGACGAUCAUUCCGAAGAUCAAGCCGACGACGGGGCCGGAAAGUGUGCAGUCUUUAUUUCCAUCGCCGAAAUCGGAACAUCACGACGAUUUGGCAUGCAAGGUGUAUAACUUAACAGUACUACUGUCGAACAAUUCCUUUGAUGAUCAUUUAAGGUUUGCACAUUCGCCACAGUUCAUUGAGCUCAGAAGAGAGUUUGAACUUGGAGUUUUGCAAGCGUACGAUGGAUAUAAUCCUUUUCUCGGCGUUACGACUUUGAGAUUCAGCAAAGCCCCGGGAGACAGUCACACUGUGGUGCACUUUGUGAUCGAGUUUAAAGACAAAGGAGUCCAUCUUCAUAACUUAACUGCGGCAUUAGCUCGUGAAAAUUUGGGCAAGCUCACUCUUCUCCCAUCACUUGGUCAAGUUGCAUGUUACAAGGGACCCUUCCCUCCAGUCUGCCCACUUCCAUGUUUCUCUGCCUGUGCUCCGCGCUGCUACUUCAGCUGCUGCCAGCAGUACCACCUUAACUACUAUGCUAUCCUACCGCCUCCACAUAAUAUUCAUCGAGCCCCAUGCCCAGAGGGCUGCCCUAUCACAUGUGCACCUUUCGGAUGCACUACUCACUGCUGUCAUAGUCUGCCGCAUUAUGAAUACGGGAAACGUCACCAAGCUCCAAAGCUAGGGAGCAAUCGAAAAUUGGCCACAUCUUCCAUAGACAUCAUAAGAAGAAUUAAAAGAAAAAAGAAAAAACCAGGGGCAAAAAGAAUCAAAGAAACAAAUUCCAGCGAGAAGAAUUUUUGAUUUUUUGCUAAUUUCAUAUGAUGAAAGGUC